AUGGCAUCAAGGCAAGAGAAGGAGGAGAGGGCUGAGGCAGCAGCAUGGAAAGCAGCAUCUGAUCUCGAGGACGUUAAUAGAGAAAGAGAAUACAAUGAAGAACGAGAAGUCAAAAUGGAGACGGAACAACCACAGCAAGAGAGACCAGGGGUGAUUGGGUCAGUGUUAAGGUCAGUUGCUGACACCCUUGGGCAUGCCAAAGCUGCUGUUGUUGGUAAGAGCUUUGAUGCUGCUGAUACAGCAGCUGAGAAGGCUAGAGAGAGUAAGGAUUCUACUGCAGAGAAGGCAAAGGAGUAUAACAAUCAUACGACCCAAAAGGCCAAAGAGACAACAGACUCAGCUGCGCAUAAGAUUGAUGAAACCAAGGAAUCAGCUAAAGAAAAGGCUGAGGAGACGAAGGAAUCAACAAAGAAAAAGAUUGGAGAUUAUGCAGAUAAGGCAAAAGAAACAAAAGAUGCAGCGAAGGAUAAAUUAGUAGAGUGCGAAGAUUAUUCGGCUGAGGAAGUCAAGGGCACAAAGGAUUCUGUAAAGGGAAAGGCAGAGGAGUGUAACGCUUAUGCAGCAGAGAAAGCUAAGGAAACAAAGGAUUAUACGAAAGGGAAGACAGGUGAGUAUAAGGAUUAUGCUGCAGAGAAGGCGAAGGAAACAAAGGAUUAUACUGCAGAAAAAGCGAAAGAAGGAAAGGAUGUUUCCGUUGGUAAUCUUGGCGGACUAACAGAGUCGGCUAAAGAUGCUGCAAGAAAAGCAAUGGGGUUCUUAUCUGGUAAGAAAGAAGAAGUGAAAGAGAAAGCCGCAGAGACUAAAGAGGCAACCAAGGAAAAAUCGAGUGAAACCGAUGAGGCGGCGAGGCGUAAAAUGGAGGAGAUGAAGCUGAGAGGUGAAGAAUAUAAAGAGGAAGCUGCCCGAGAACAAGAAGCUAAAGACAAUGAAGCUGAAAGACAAACUUCAACAAGAGACGCUAUCUUUAGCAGUCUUGGACUAGGGACCAUUAAAGACUCCACAAGAGGAAAGUGGACAAUGCCAGAGGACAUUGUUGAAGAAACAAAGGCUGCACUAGAGCACGGCCAUACCGGAAGAAAGCGUUUAAACAAAGAUACACAAAGGGUAGAGGUAGUAAUCCCCCUUGAAGAGACCCCCACGGGAGCUGUGGCAUCCACUCUAAAAGCGUCCGAUCAGAUGACUGGUCAGACUUUCAAUGAUGUUGGACGAACGGAUGAUGAGAGUGUUAUUCGUGUGGAAAUGGAAUGCACUCCGAAAGAGAGCCAGAAUCGUUGA